UUGUCCUGCCGUAGUCAUGAGCUUGUGGUUCCAAAGAAGACGAGUCACUCUCCUUCCCCAACUUUAAGCCAAAUUUAGAUUCUUCGCCAACUGGCUAUAUGCCCCCCUUAAUUACCCCACCUCUAUAUAAGCACCACUAUUGGCCUUCCUUUUUUCAUCACCCAUAACCCUAUUACUUCUUGGUCUUGAGUACCUCAUCAGUCGCUUUCUUAAACUUUUCUCUCAUCAGAGUUUGUGACUGAAUACUAGUUACUCGAUAUGGCAUCAAGCUCACUUAGAUCUUCAUGGACACCACAGCAAAACAAGUUGUUUGAAAGAGCUUUAGCCCAAUUUGAUAAGGACACUCCUGACCGGUGGCAGAAUGUGGCUAGAGCGGUGGGAGGUGGCAAGUCUCCCGAUGAAGUCAAGCGACACUAUGAAAUACUUCUUGAGGAUCUCAGGCGCAUUGAAUCUGGCCAUGUUCCUCUUCCUACUUACAGAAAUGGUGCCACCAAUGGAGUUGCAGCUGAUGAAGAGCAUAGGCUUCUGAGGUAUCUGAACCUGCACCAGUGAAGAUGUUGAUGAGAACAUAUCAAGCCGGACGAUAUCGCUACGUAGCAAGACAAGUGUGUGACAAAAAAAAUGCCCGUAAAAGUACUAUCUCUGAAAAUUGUACCUUCUCCUAAUUAUGUAAAAUAGUGUUGUCUACUACUUCCAACAUGUUUUCUUUCCUUGCAUUGUACUACCACCUUAUCUUAUUGAAUCGUAUGAAUCCCUCUUGUCGCUC